AUGUCGCUUUCUGCAUCUACCUUCGAACCGAGCUCUCUCUCCUCCUCGGCCUUUACAUUCACCUCCAGGCCCACCUCUGACUCUGAGGAUGAUGUUGCCUCGCUCCCGUCCUCUUCCGGAUCCGAUUCAUUCUUAGAUAACGAUCUAUCGGUAACCAGUGAUGACGACUCGGACGCCGAAGCAGAGUGGAGAGAAAGCAUACAGCAGCUGGAAAUGCUCCUGACACUGGUCCUAAUACCGUUUGUUGGCAAGUUUCUGGGGAGGAGGUGUGCGUAUUGGGGAUGGGGGAAAGUGAUGGAAUGGAAAUACCCAAUCGACGUUUCAAUCUCGGGAAGUAAGGGACUUUCAUGGACCGAAAAAACACAACGCGCAUUUGCAUCUCUUUAA